AUGGCGGAGCUGCGGGAAGGGGAGCGGUACGGCGUGUCCUGCGAGGGAGAGGCGCCGAACGUCACGGUGCUGCACGUCAAGCUGACCGAGACCGCCCUGCGGGCGCUGGAGAGCUACCAGGGCUGCAAGGAUCGUGUUUCUUCUCGACCUUCAGUUCAGUUUCAAGGAUCCCAAGGGCUUAUUAAAAUUCCCAAAGUUGAUGUGCCAAAUGAAGUGCAUACAUUUAACUUCUACUUGUCAGAUGUUGGCAAAGAUAAUCCUCAGGGAAGCUUUGACUGUGUCCAGCAAACAGACUCAAGUUCUGGAGCCUCGCAACUCAGUUGCCUGGGAUUAAUACAGAAUAAAAUUACAGUAUGUGCGACAAGUGAUUCCUAUCUGACGACCAGAGAGCGCAUGACCCAGGCAGAAGAGGAGUCGCGCAAUCGAAGUGCAAAGGUUAUUAAACCUGGUGGACCAUUUUUAGGAAAAAGAGUACAGGUCAGAAGAGCACCACAAAGCAUUCCAGAUGCUGUGCCAGAGAGGAAGAGAUCGACACCCAUGAACCCUGCAAACACAAUACGGAGGACUCACACACACAACGCUGUUUCUCAGCGACCGUACAGGGACAGGGUGAUUCACUUACUGGCACUGAAGAGUUACAAGAAACCAGAGUUACUUGCUCGCUUGCAGAGAGAUGGUGUCAACCAAAAGGAUAAGAAUUCCCUUGGGACUAUCCUUCAGCAGGUAGCCAACCUGAAUCCAAAGGAUAAUUCUUACACUCUGAAGGAUUAUGUAUUUAAAGAAAUUCAGAAAGAUUGGCCUGGAUACAAUGAAAUAGAUAAACAGUCAUUGGAGUUAAUACUUUCUAGAAAAUUAAAUUCAUCUCAGAAUGCCACCAGCACCAGCCAUUUGGAAUCUCCUGUAACUUCUAAUAAAGAUGCUCCAUCAACUUCUCAGAAACGGCUUUUGAAUUCUGAUUUUAUCGAUCCUCGGAACAAAAAGCAGAGGAUAUCUCACCUGACCAGUCGAGUCCAGCCAUCGUUCAGUGGCCACUUGCCUGCCUCCAGCGAGAAAGCUGCUGCCGCCCCUCUGCCGCCUCCCCCCCCAACAGCUGCCUCUACUCCUGCUCCUCUGCUGCUGCCUCCCACACUCCUUCCCACUUCCAACCCUCCUCAAACUGCCAGCUCCAGCUCCCCCAGCACCCCUGAGGGGCGGGGGACACAAGACCUGCCAGUGGACAGCUUCAGUCAAAAUAGGAGUAACACCUAUGAGGACCAGCAACAAAAAUAUACCUCUCAGACUCCUCUGGGAAUCCCAGCUCCUGCCCUGGUGCAGGUGGAGCCUCCCAAGUCCGCAGGCGAGAAGCAUGCAGUGUUGCACCAAAAGCCCAAGAAGGUAAAAGAGCAUAAGGAGAAGGACAAAAACAAAAUGCAGGACACUACGAGUGUGACUGAGGAGGAGAAAGAUCUCAGAAAAGAAGAGACUGCCAAGCUGAAAAAAUUCUCCCAUUUGGAUUCAGGUGAAGGAGUUGAAGAAACUUGCACUGCCUCCACAGAUCAUCCUUCAUCAACGAGUGAACAACCAGACUACUUCAUAAAAUACAUAGCUAUAGUCUCAUAUGAGCAACGCCAGAGUUACAAGGAUGACUUCAAUGCAGAGUAUGAUGAAUACAGGAACUUGUAUGCUCGAAUGGAGAGUAUCACCAGGAGAUUCAUGAAGCUUGAUGCACAACGGAAGCUUCUUUCUCCAGGGUCCAAAGAAUACCAGAUCCUUCACGAGGAAGUCUUAGAAGAGUAUCGAAAGAUAAAACAGUCUAGCCCCAACUACUAUGAAGAGAAGUACAGAUGCGAGUAUCUCCACAACAAGCUGUCUCAUAUUAAGAGACUAAUAGGGGAAUUUGACCAACGGCAAGCAGAGUUAUGGCACUAG